AUGGGCAAUUGCAUUAUUUAUUAAAUAGUAUAUCAAUAAUUUUGUAAUUUUUUGUUAAAUAUCGAAAUCAUAAGUUAGGAGAAUAUUUUUAUAUUUCACCAGCAAAUUGUGUUAAAGAUAGCGAAAGAUUUAAUGAGGAAGAAUAGUCUUCAAAAGAAUAAUAUGAAUAAUGGGUGGAAUGUUUAUUAGAGAAUUCAUAAAGAUUUUAAAAGGAGAUUAAUAAAAAUUGAAUGA